GGUUGUGCACUGUACUUGUCCGACCCGUCGAGGAAAAAAAAAAGGGAACGGCGCGGAAGUGACAGAGCUCGAUUCAGAAGCUAGGGUUUGGGGGAGCGAGAAGUGGAAGGGAGUAGCAGCCGGCGGCGAUGGCGUCGGAGGAGGAUGUGGCGGUGAAGGAGCCGCUGGAUCUCAUACGGCUCAGCCUCGACGAGCGCAUCUACGUCAAGCUCCGCUCCGACCGCGAGCUCCGCGGCAAGCUCCAUGCAUAUGAUCAACAUCUCAAUAUGAUACUGGGAGAUGUAGAAGAGAUAGUGACCUCUAUAGAAAUUGACGAUGAGACUUAUGAGGAGAUUGUUCGUACUAGCAAGCGCACCAUCCCCUACCUUUUUGUCCGAGGAGAUGGCGUGAUACUGGUUUCGCCGCCCUUGCGAACUGUAUGAAGCCGGUUGUGAACAACUGCCAUUGGAUGAGCAUCGGCAGCAACGCGUAUUGGAUGUCACUGCAUCAGCCUAUACACGUUUCCUGGAGCAUUACACUGCAUAGCUUGAGUUGAUCAUCCAUGUAUUUCGAUACAAAGCAAAGACACUGUACUGUAGUCAACAUGUAUUGAUUCCGGCACCUGCUCAUCCGUAGACACGUUGGUGGAGGAAAAGUUGAGUCGUAGUACGUACUGUAUCUGUUAUCAACAA